ACAAGAAGCAAGCUGCCGACAGCCCUCCCUUGAAGAAAAAUCGUUAAAAGCUUGGUAUUUUUCUCCUUCUUUUCUUGUUCUAGGACUAGAAUUGAACCCAGAAUUCUUCCCCCUACAGAGAAAAUCCCAAAUCUGCUCUGCUCCUUCCUCCCAUCCGUCUGCUGCUCCUGCUUUGUGGGGGCGAAUUGCUUUGGUUUUUGUAGAUUUCUUGAUUUUUUUCUCCCCAAUUCCCGCCGGCUUCCCCUAGCUUGGAGCUCCGGUUUUGCUGGGAAAAUUCUGGUGCUGUUAUGGCUUAGAACACUGGGAUUGAGUCUUCGGUAUUACGGAUUUGAGGAAGCGAAGUCAAGGACGGGGAAAAACGAGGGGAGUGACGAGUUAAAAGGCUAGCCACCUGUAAUUUGAUAUAGAUUUAGAUAUAGAUCAUGAUCUUCCAUACACGUUUCUGCUCUGUCUUCUUCCCGACUCUUCUUCCCCGAUAAGCCCCCCAAGCCACCGACUCUCUCCCCCUUGAAAAACCCGGUGAGAUCUUGAUGAAAUUUCUCUUCUUUUCUUGUUAAAUCACAAGAUUUGGGGCUUAGAAUCUUCCCUCUCAACCCAGAAAAUCUCGGUUCUGCUCUGUUCUUCUCCCCUGUCCGCUGGCUGCUAUGUGGGUGUGAGAUUUUUGAGCUUUUCCUGGUAAGAUCUAGCCAUUAAUCCCUCUCUUUAACCUUGAUUUAGGCUGGGUUUGCCUUAAUUGCUUUUAUUUCCCUCAAUUUUGAGGUAGCCCGUGAGCCCCUCUGCAGAAAUGCCGCCGGCUUCUUCUCCCUGCCAGCUCCGGUUUGCUUGCUGGAAUUCUGGUAAGUUGCCGGCUCUUCUAAUUACGUGGAGAUCGAUAGAAAUAGCACUUUGAAAUUGUGGUAGUGAGGUAUUAACUGUGGAAUAUUGUGAUUAGGUUCCUGA